AUGUCCUACUGCGGGUCUGAGGGCCUCCUGACAGACAGGGGGGACGCAAUGUUGGUGAUAGGAUGCUCUGAGGCCGUCACAGGGCUCUGCUAUCCCGACAUGAAGGCAUGCACGUUUGUUGAUGGGCCUGCCAAUGCCACUGUGCAGUAUGUGUCGGAAGUCGCUGUGUCUGCAAAUGUAUUUUACCACAUUCAGAUUUCCUGGGAGCCCUCAUACGUGGGACCUGUAAUUGUCUCCAUCGAGUGCAAUCUGGCCGAUGCAGCCGGCAAUGAGUUGGGUGUUCCCCUGAAGGCGAUAAAGUUUCAAGUGCGGGACCACGUUGCUGUGCAUGCGACUGCAUACAAGAUUGGUGCCCAUCAGCUGGGCAAUGCGUGA